AUGUACGAGCCUGUGGACCUCGACGCGUCGAAGCAGCAGCAGGAACACUUUAAUUCAUUGGCAUCUUCUUCUAGCUCUCUCUCUUCCUUCUCAUCUUCUUCUUCUUCUUCUUCUUCUUCUGUUAAGCGUGUGUUGAUUAUAUUAAGUCUUGCGGUCGUAGGACUGACUGUUGGUCUCUUACUUUUCCGCUUUGUGAAGAGCGAUGACUUUGGCCUCUUUGUACAUUGGCUACAAACUCAUGAAGUACUUGGUGCUGCCCUUUACGUAAUCUGCUUUACGUCCUUUAUAGUGCUGUGCUUUCCAUCCACAGUCUUUGAACUGCUAGCUGGCUACAUCUUUGGUUUCUGGCUAGGGCUGCUGCUGGCAACCAUAGGCAAACUUGUGGGCUCUGUACUCUCGUACGUCAUUGGCAGGUACUUUUGCAGACGACAAGUGCAUGCCUACAUGGCACGAGGUCACCCGGCACUGCAGGGUUUCCAGAGUCUACUACGGAGGCGACAAGUGCUGGUGGUUUUCCUCACGCGCGUGGCUUUUUUUCCCAUUGCAGUCAAGAACUACGGACUCAGUGUACUGGACGUCACCUUCCGCGUGUACUUUGCGGCGGCGCUAUUGACGGGUCUUCCAUUCUCGGCUAUUUGGGUUUACUCGGGCCACGCAGUGGAGAACUUCACGACGCUAUUGGCCAGUCCGACGGCGUCAAGACACAGCACUGAAAUGGUCUUGUUACUCGUGGGAGCAGGCAGUGCCUUACUGUUACUGGGCGUCGUGGGGCUAUACACCCGCAAGUACGUGCUAGGACUUGCGGAGGAGGAAAAGAAGAUUGGACUCGCGGCGGCGACGUUGGACACUCCUCAUUCUACAGACGAAGACACGUCUUUUACUGCGACUACGACAGUCAUAAGAAGAGAGCAGUCAUCGUGUUAG